AUGGGAAGGCACGACGAUGCCCUAGCGAAUCUGCACAAGAAACAUGCCGAGGUCCAAGACAUUGUGAACGACAUGCAUGGGCAGUUGGUGGUGAAAGACGAGGAAGUACGUCAGCGAACCCACCAGAUAUCGAUGCAACAAGAACACAUGGAGCAACUGAAGCGUGAAUGGGCCAGUGACUCUCAGUCGUUAAGACAUGACAUUGAGACGUACGUGGCAUUGAUUCGCGACAAAGAUGAUCAAAUCCUCGAAACUCGAAGGCAAUUGGGUGCUGCCAACCAUGAGAACACAAUCUCGCAGGAGACAUUACGUGAACGUAAAGCGUUCAUCACAAGUGUGCUUUCAGAGAAGGAAAUUUCAUUCAAGUUUCAACUCCAAGAAAUGCUUGAUGCCGACGGAAGGGGGAAAGGCUGUGGGCGACAAGAAAAAUUGGCCAUCGAUCAAUUGGAACAAGUUCGCAUGACGUCGAAAUACUUAGACUCCUACGCGUCGGAUAUUACCAAAGCUAUCGGCGAAUUGACGAGAGAAGUUCGAUCGAUAGAGGAGGGUCAAGGCACAUGCGAAGCUAUGAUGCUAAUGCUAUCCAGCAGCAAAGUUCAGCCCGAUUGUGUGUCGACAUCGUCCCAAAAGUCGUUGAUUCAGUUGCUGUGUGAUCAAGUGGGGGCGUUGCAAUGCCAAACGAUUGACCUCGGCAAUAAAUUGCAAACGUCUGAAUCGCACCACCAAAAGUUGAAUGACGAUAUCCACACCCUCCAGAUUCGAAUCCAUCACAUGGCUGGAAAGUUGCAAGAACAACAGAACUUGGUGGCAAAGUACCAAGAGUCUAGUUUAUGCGGAACACAAACCAUUGAUGCGAUGCAGCUCUCGAUUGCAACGCUGGUGUCCCAACAUGAUACCGAGCGGCAUGCAAUGCAACAUCAGAUCGAGGAAAUGUCGAUGGCGUCUCUGAAGGCAGAGGAAUGUAACCAAACGGAAGCCGAAGCAUGUCGAGCCAAUCUGGUCGACAUGGAAAAUGACCUUGCCGAUAAAACAGCCCGCAUUGGGUACUUGGAAUCGAGAAUUCGCGAAUUGGAAGUCGCUGCAGCUGCGGAAUUGGGGUGUCGUCAAAGCAACCACCGGAUUGCGAACGAAUCGCCAAUGCCGACUAGUAUGCCCACGUCGACCCAUCUGCCCCCCGUGGCCCCGCCGUCCCAAGCGAUCGCGUCAGCACCCUCCAAGCCAAGCAUUUCACCAUCGAAUGUCAUUGCAGACGAACCUCCUGACGCCGCAAGUCUUCCCAUACCCCAUGAAUCAGUUGCAGCGGUCGUUAUUCCAGACGUAUGCUUGGCGUGCCGCGAAGAACCGUUUGGUUUCAUGGUGCGAUGCCAGAAGUGCAAGCAGCAAUUCCAUGCCGGGUGUGUCCGAUCGAAGCGGCAAAAGACGUCUCGCGUGGGUUGCUACGUCUUUGUGUGCGAGCCAUGCGAAGCUACGUAGCAAGUCGGUAGAUGUAGGCGACGAGUUCAUGCUGCAUUCACUCGCCGUCACUUGGUCUCAACCACGAUGUCACCAUUACACAUCAUCGUGUAACGCAGUGGAAGCACAAUGGCGACA